UAAUCCACUUUUAUUCAGCCUUAAUCAACGUUAUCCCUCCCAUGUUCGACGGCAGGAAUUGAUUGCGUUGAAAGAUCUUCAAGCAAGAUCGUUUGCAUUUUCCACUAUUCCUAGAUUCAUUUUACAUGCCAUGCGAAUUCCUGUUGCCGGUGUAACUGUUGGCGUUGGUGGUUUGACUUAUGCUAAUUACAAACUUAAUGCUAUGGCAACUAAGAGUUCUGAUUUAUUGUCAUCUAUUUCCGAUGGGUUUAAGUCCGCUUUUGGAACUGUCACUGAUGGAUUAUCAAAAUUCGAUGUCGAAUUACAAUCUGGCGUGGCACAGGAUGAUCAAUUCAUGAAUCUCACCAAAAAGUUGAUUGAGGUUCGGAAUAUAUUGACGAGCAUUGAUCAUGAGGAAGGGCUUAAAUUACCUAGUAUUGUGGUCAUUGGAAGUCAGAGCUCUGGUAAAAGUUCCGUGCUCGAAGCUAUC